AUGGGAAAGCUGUACAUUGAGGAUGAGGAGCUUGGAUCCACAGAUCCAGGCCAUCGACUUAGGCUUGACCUGCAGCACAACAUGCCCAGGGACUUGAAAGGUGCUCAGCAAUGAUGGCUUCACCAACUCCAGGAUCUUGGGCCUUCCCUUAGCCCUCGGGAUUUCAAGCACCUGCUCCUUUCAGGCUUGUCCUGCUAUUGGCUCCAUAGGGCUAGUGAGGCUGAGGAAAGGGGUCAUUGAGCCCAGGUCUUUGCCCUCUUGGCACAGGAAACAUGCUGGGACCUUGCAAGGGUUUGUGCCCCAGGGCCAGCCCCUUCUUUGGGGUCUUGGGUCUCCAUCCUUGACCAUAUCCCCCUGACCCUUCCCUUUUUCCUCACCCUCCCCAUCCCUGGCAGGGGCUCCAUCUGGCUCCUGGUUCCUCCUUUUCAGAUAUCUGAGCCUAUUGUAGUCCCUGGCUCCUGA